UGAAAUCCAAGUAAAUUUCAAUACAGACAGUAGACAGAUUAAUUUAAUAAUGAGCUUAAAUGAUCUAAUCAGAGACAUCAAGCUGUUUAGGGCUUUUUAUCUAUUAUUGAGUUUAGAAAAAAAUAUGUUUUGAUGAAAACAUGAGAUAACCGUGUCUGUGGGAGAUAUUUAAGAACAGUACUAGAACAGGGCAGACUUAAGGGGUUUACAGAACUUGUUACAUUGCAUAAUACAUGCUAGCAGAGAUGUGUAUUUUCAUACUUCUAAAGCUAUUUUCCCAUUUAACAUUUUGAGAGAGUUUGUCUAAGACCCUAAUUCAUCGGGAAACACUGCGGUGAACCCCUCCCGUUUGUAUUCGCGGAUAUAGUGCUUCACUAAACAAUCCACUAACACGUUUCCCAUGAGUAAAACACCAUCGUUAAAACAUCGCUUUAAAGUCGCGUCCCGGUGAAAGACUCUUUCAGCUGCAGAGCCACGUGAUUCACAGGGGCUGCUGCAUUGUGAUCAGUCGGGCGGUUUGUGUGUGUGUGUGGGGAAGCACACGGUGCAGAGCAUGCGAACUCCACACAGAAUGUGCCCGCUGUGCACCGGGGCGCCCCCGCUUUCAGGACCGGCGGAGCACACGAGUGGAAGAGAACGGCGAGGGUCUCCAGCCCUCAGCAACAGGCGACGUUAGGGCGACCUGUAGGUCUACCGGCGCCCCGGUCCCCAGAGCCAGGCGAGACAGCGGCGCCAAGCCCAGGAGGCGGAGCUGCCCGGUUUCCCCGGAGAGAAACGUCACCCGGGGGCUAUAUAUACGGGUCCGCCUGGUCCCGAGCAGCGGCGGUGCGGUGGCACAGAGCCGAGGCGGAGACGGCUGUGUUAGAAAACUCGCUCCGGUCAAACUCAUCUACACCUGACCAAGAAGAAGCAGCUCUUCUGUCUCAAGAAACUUAAACCUUCUCACGAGCAGAUGGGUUCUGCGGUUUGGCGACGUUUACACUGUUGUGAUUUGAUGUCCGUUUUGGAGUUACGGUCAUGAUCAGAGACGGCAGGAGACCGGGCGCCCUCUCCUCCUCUGAGUUCUUCCGAGCAAACCGUUUUUUUUCUGUCCUUGAAGACCCAGUCCUCCCUGUGAAAUGAUGCCGGUCCUGACGCCCUUGAAAAUCCGCCAAACGUCUUUGGUCGUCUUGCACUUCAAUGUCCUCGCGUCGCGGCCGCCGGCCGGUCGGGACUCCCCGACCCGGGAGAGGAAGAGACGCGUCUCGCUGCGGGACAUCGUGGUGACCCCGGACCGCAUCCCCCAGUUCACCAUUCCGCCUCUGGGGGUAUCCAGCUCCCGGGCGGCACGGAAGCUGUCCGCCUGCUCCGUCACGGGUGGCGGGGCCUGGCGGGACAUCGGCAGCCCCCGCCGGCACAGCCUGAGCGGGGUCCCUUCCGAGCCCGGCUCGCAGCCCCACCGCCGCCGGCCGGCGCCGCCGUCUCCCCUCGGCCCCGGAGGCGAGCCCGACCUGUCCGCGGACCCGGUGACCCGCGCAGCCAUGUCGCUCCCCCACCUCCCCAAAAUCACCACCCCCUACGGGUUCCUCGCCCUGGGCGAGAGCCCGUGUAUCCACCGGAACGAGUCGCUCUUCUUCGACGACGCGUCGCUCGGUCUCCGGCGGGGGAGCGCCUCUCCGUCCCCCCUCCCCCGACGCCUGUCCUCGCCCCUCGCCGAGAGCCGCCGGCGGCCUCCCUGCCGCGACACCGGGGCUCGGACCGGCCCCGGGCGCCCUGCGCCUCCGCCCUCGGCGUGCCCGGUCUCCGCCGAGCCCCGGGAGCAGGGCGCGGAGACGGGGGAGAAGACCAGGCUCCAGCGCCUGCUGAAGAAGCGCCUGGCCGACCUGCGCCGGCUCCGGCCGGGCUCCUGCUUCCUGAAGGCGCGCCGGGAGCGGCUGUCUCCCCAUCCCGCAGGGAGCGGCGCUCCGGGCGGACUGAGGUCCCAGCGGACUCGCAAGACCUGACGCCUGAACUGACCGAGCCACUCGCUGCAUGAGACCGUUGUCUCGAAUUGGCGGUCCGGGCGUGUGAGAAUAUUCAUGCUGCCAUAGGGAAUGUAUAAAAAAUAUAUAUAAUAAAGGAUGUGAUUUGCGUAACACGCCCUUUUCACACCGAUCCGUGAGAGGCAGCCGUGGUCGGUCUCAGUGGGUCUGUCUGUGGUCCUAUACAGCCCAGGCUUCCUAAGGUUGGGUUAAAAUGUGCCAGUUCCUGGGGUGUCUUUUGUUUAACGUUUUAUAAAUGCUUUCAGCUCUUGGGGAGGAUAUUUCUAUUCUGGAUCAGAAUAAGUAUUUUAUUACCUCAUUAAGAGACGACCAUGCGCCUCUCACCCUGGGCCUCGGAGAUCGGAAGAAAAACUCCAUUACCCAGAAGCCCGUGCAGGGUCGCCGCGUUCCCACCGCAAGUGGGGGCUGCUCCUGUAGGGCUCCUAGCACCUGGGUCCGAAUCCCUUUUUGUGAGGAAUUGCUGUGUUUGCAUCAUUUCACUACAGCACGCAAUAAAUGAAUACCAUUAUUUUUCCUUA